CUGACCCUCGAAGAGUGCACAACUCCCCAGUAUUCUCCUGCAGUACAGUACAUCAUACAAAUAACUAAGUCGUGUUAAACUUCGUGAUAUGUUACACUUGUAACAUUAAUAACAGUGUUGGUGUAUAAGCCGAAGAGGGCCACGUCCCUGUAGAGGCCCUCAAGAUGAUGGUGUUGCCCGCCUGGAGGACUUCCUCUGUCCUCUUGGUUUCCUUGCCUCUCGUAUUACUUCUGGUGGCCGCCUCCCACGGAGGCAAGUCAAAGGCCUUCCUCAGAAAUAACAACUAUAACCCGCAGGAUCAGCCACAGAGGAAUUUCUACUCCCCUACGUCCUUCAACAGGUUCAGACGGAACUUCGGAGACGACGACGAAUCCUCCUCCUCAUUCGGAAGCUUCCCAGGAUUCUCGGCUCCUUCUUCAACUGGUUCCUUCAGAUCAGGCCAGCCCUUCAGAUCUAGAAAGGGAGGUUCCAGGAGCUUUGGCAGUUCAAGAGCUUCUGGCGCUUUUCCUGGUCUCGGGGGAGGUCCGGACUCUUUCUUGGAGGCAGCUACCACGGAGCGGAGUGAGACUGAUGACGAGAUUCAAGCCUUUCAGUUCAGCGGGAGCGCUGGCUUCGGAAGUUCCAGGCCUGGAUCUGAAGGGGGCCGUAAAGGCGGAGCGAACAGAGGUGUCUCCAAAGGGGGAGGCAUCAAGUCCUCACAAUCAUCACAAAGUUCAUCAAAUUUAGGCGGUAGAGACCAGUCAUCGGCGUUCUCGUUCGGUGGGUCCUCGGGCCCCACGUUCGGUGGAUCAUCAGGUAUUGACUUCAGUGCACUGACAGGUCAAGAGUUCAACCCAUCAGGAGAACCAAUAUUCGGCAGAGCAAGUGGAAUUUUCGGUGGAGCUCCAGGUCUCGAUUUCAGUUCUUCUUCUGGUGGAAUAUUUGGUGGAUCUUCAGGUUCUUCAUUAGGUGCAUCGCCUGGCGGUACUUUUGGUUCUCCAGGCACCGGAUUUAGCGGAUCUUCCAAUUCAUAUUUCACUGGUUCGUCUGGAGCUUCUCAAGCUAACAGACCUGCUGCUGGUAGUACCGCUAAUAACUUCCCCUCCUUUUUAUCAUCUUUCUCUGAUUCCGGGAUUAAUCCAUUUGGUUCACAACCGAUACAGUUCCCUUCUGCUUCAAGAGGCCAGUUCCCACCCUCAUCCAGCAGCAUCUUCCCUCAGCCUGUAGGGGCCAACUCAGCACAGUUCCCAUCAGCAGCUAACUUUGGUCUUCCUGAAUCAUCUGCAAGCUUCCCAUACCCAAUAGAUGAGGAAAUAGCUAACCUGCUCUUCGUUGGGGAAAUAGACUCUACUACCACCAAGCCGCCCAUCCGGGUAACGUCAUCCGAAGACCGCAACAAGGUGUUCAGCGGUGGAAUAGACGAUGAGGACGACCAAGAUUACCUACCCCAGGCGUCAGCUCUCAAGGGCGGCUCCAAGAAACUGCCGGAGACCAAGAGAGGUUGUAAUUCCAAGCCGGGGAAUCCAGCGAAUGGGCGGAUGGACUGCUCUUCAUACGCAGGGUGUCGUGCCGUGUGUAACCGCGGCUAUCAGUUCCCUAGCGGGGAGAAGCGGCUUUUCCUGCAGUGUGAGGACGGCGAGUGGGCAGUUACCUCCAGGGAUUGGGACACGCUUCCCGACUGUGAACCCGUCUGCACUCCAUCUUGUCAGAACAGCGGGAUCUGCUUGACGCCUAACGUGUGCCAGUGUCCCGACAACUGGGAAGGUGAUUUGUGUCAAUUGCCUAAGGCGCCGACCCCUAGGAUCUGCUCCAACAAGCCCCCGACCCCGACCAACUCGAGGAUAUUCUGCAGCAGGGAUGAGUGCAUAGCGCGGUGCCAUGAGGGCUACCACUUCGCUGAGGGCACUACCCGCCUCACUUUCCAGUGUGAGAAUGGUUCCUGGACCAUCACCAACUCCAGGUGGAGAGGCACUUCACCUGAUUGUCAACCCAUCUGUGACCCCGCCUGUGUAAACGGAGGCAGGUGCAUUGCUCCCAACGUGUGCGAGUGUCCUUCAGACUACCGUGGUGACAUCUGCCAGUACCCAAUCUCAAACUGUGAUCCCUUAAACCUUGGAUUUAAUGGCGGCUACAACUGCUCCGGCGAAGGAAUGGAAUUCGGGUGCACUCUCUGGUGCCCGGAGGGGGUGGAAUUUGACUUUCCAGUGGCAGACAUGUACAACUGUGAUUACGCUACUGGCGUCUGGUCCCCGUCUCCCACACCCAAGUGUGACUAUGGUUUCUUUUCGAUGACCCCCAUCCCUAUUGAUGUAACUCCGGGAGAAUUUCCUUCUGUGUUGGGCAUGAAACAGUCUGUCAGCACCACCACCCAGAAGAUCAAGAAGCUACCAGGCUCUUGCUUCACCUGGUCUGGCUCACACUACAAGUCCUUCGAUGGUAAAGUGUACAGCUUUAAGAGCUCGUGCCCGUACACGCUGCUGCAGGACUCCACCCACGGCACCUUUACUGUCAACCUGCAGACUGAGGACGGCUGUGAAGGACCUUCCUGUCGCAAGGUCAUCCAGAUUUUCCUGGAGGAUGAUCAGUAUGUUCUUCAGGCCUCAGAGUCAGGACAGCCGAGCCUGGCGUACCGGAACACCAACCUGGCGAUCCCGGGGCAGAUGAACGGCGUUGUGUCGGAACGAGUAGCGCAUUACGUGGUGGUCAAAGUGUCUGGAUUCGGCCUCACCAUCAAGUGGGACAUGAAGAACUUGGUAGUGACGGAGAUCAGCGAGUUGUUGUGGAACAGGACGUCAGGGCUGUGUGGUCGACGUGAUGGCAACAUGGACAAUGAUUGGAGUUAUGCUGACGGUACUCAGGAGACCAACAUGAACUCAUACCUACAGGCCUGGCAGGCCAAGACCCUCGGUGAUCAGUGUCUUGAUCGUCCGAACACCAAACACCCGUGUGGCCGUCGGAGCAUGGCCUCGGAGGCAGACAAAUUCUGCUAUCGUCUGCGUGAUGACCAGAGAUUUUCUCAGUGCCGCCAGGUGGUGGAUGUGGAGCCGUACAUCAACGCCUGCCGCUGGGACUACUGUGACUGUGACUCCCAGGACCGUGAGGCGUGUGCUUGUGAGUCCUUCGCCGCCUUCUACAAGGAAUGUACAAGCGUUGGGAGUGACAUUCCUGGUGGCUGGCGCUCACAUGACCUCUGCCUGACGGAGUGUGGGCCAGGCAAAGUGUACAACCCGUGCAUGUCGACCAUUCAGUCCCGGUGUGGCCAACCCUCUGAUGGUGUGGCUCCUGACUUCUGUGUGGAGGGUUGCGACUGUCCCGAGGGCCUGAUGCUGCAUCAGGACCUGUGUAUCCCUGCAAGUGACUGUCCCUGUACGUAUCGCAACAAGGAAUACAGCGCCGGAGACACCAUCCCCAAUGACUGCAACUCUUGUACAUGUCUGGGGGGAGAGUGGGUGUGUACGGAGGUGAAGUGUGGCUCCCGCUGUGCUGCUGUGGGUGACCCUCACUACACCACCUUUGAUGGCCGCCGCUUUGAUUUCAUGGGCAAGUGUUCCUACUACCUGGUGCAGGGGCAGGACUUCAGUAUCGAGGCUGAGAACACCCCGUGUGCUGGUGCCGUCUCUGAGAGCAUGAACUUCCCUGCCUCGGUGGUGAGUCAGUUCCCGUCAUGCACCAAGUCUGUGACGGUAAGACUGGAUGGCACCGUGAUACGUCUCAAGCAGGACAGGGAAGUGACUAUCAACGGAGUAGAACUUAAGGAACUUCCUGCCUGGGUUAAUGGUGCUUUCAUCAAGGCUGCUUCAAGUCUCUUCAUCAUGGUUGAAUUGAGCAAUGGGAUGGACGUGUGGUGGGACGGCCAGACUCGUGUGUACGUAGAUGCCCCAGCAGAGUUCCGUGGGGAGACAGCUGGUCUGUGUGGCACCUUCACUGACAACCAGCGGGAUGACUUCCUCACACCAGAAGGAGACAUAGAACAAAAUGUUAUUGCUUUUGCAAACAAGUGGAAAACUUCAGAGAAAUGUCCAGACCAGCCUCUUGCUGAGGAGAACCGACCCUGUGACAGACAUGUUCAGAACAAGGCUGUAGCGGAGAAGUUCUGUGCCAAGCUCAAAUCAAACUUUUUCGCUUCAUGUCAUCUGGAGGUGGACCCUGACCCCUACUACCGGGACUGCUUGUAUGAUAUGUGUUCCUGCGAGACCAAGAUGGAUGGCUGCUUGUGCCCUGUGCUGGCUGCCUACAGCAAGGAGUGUGCCAGGAAGGGCGUUAUCAUUGACUGGCGUGCUCAUGUCCGCGAGUGUGGUGUUCAUUGUACUGGUGGCCAGAAGUACCAAGUGUGUGGCAAUAGCUGUGCCCACACUUGUCUAGACUUUGCCACCAAUCCUGACUGUGCCAGAAAGUGUGUGGAAGGCUGCAACUGCUUGGAAGGCUUCUCUCUGGAUGCGGAUGGCAUCUGUGUGCCCAUCACAGAGUGUCCGUGUGUGUAUGAUGCCAAGGAAUUUAAACCUGGCUAUGAGAUGAUGCAGCAGCAGCAGGAUGGUUCCUAUCUUGUCUGUGAGUGUUACAAUGCUGGCUGGAACUGUUGGGAGCCACGAGAAAAUGAGACUCUGUCCAGACCUCAGCAAGUUGCCUGUUCUCAGGAGGGGAAUGAAGUCUACACUGACUGUCUACCAGAAGAAGAGAACACCUGUCAGACAAUGCACCUGCGCCCCAUGAUUAGUGACCUCUGCCGCCCUGGAUGCAUCUGUGCUGCUGGUUAUGUUCGUGAUGCUGACACUGACACCUGCAUCAUGCACAAUCAGUGCCCGUGUCACCACGGUGGCCGUUCCUAUGAAGAAAAUGCGACCAUCAUCGAGGACUGCAACACUUGCACAUGUGAGAGUGGCAAGUGGCUGUGUACAGAGAAAGUGUGUCCAGGGAUCUGCACUGCCUGGGGAGACUCUCACUACAAGACCUUUGAUGGCCGCCUCUUUGAGUUCCAUGGUACCUGUGACUACCUCCUGGCCAAGGGCAAGGACUCCAGGGCUGACAACUUUGAGGUCAUAAUACAAAAUGUGCCAUGUGGGACUGAUGGUGUGACGUGCGCCAAGUCUAUUACUCUGAGGGUUGGUACAGGCGAUGCUCAGGAAGUUGUGGAGUUCUCACGUAACAAACCUCCACCUACCAAGAAUAUGACACGAACCAUUAUCCGUCAAGCUGGAAUAUUUGUCUUUGCUGAGGUGACGGACAUGGGCUUGGUACUCCAGUGGGAUCGUGGAACCCGGGCCUACCUUAGACUUGAUCCAAUCUGGCAGGGCAAGGUCAGAGGUUUGUGUGGGAAUUACAAUGGAGAUGAACAAGAUGACUUCCGAACACCAUCUGGCGGGUCAAGUGAAGUUUCAGUCAAGAUCUUUGGAGAUUCUUGGAGGUUACAGAACUAUUGUCCUGAUAGUAUAUUGAUCAAGGACACCUGCAGCCUACACCCCCACAGGAAGGUAUGGGCAGCUAACCAGUGUGCUGUGCUCAAGACGGAACCUUUUACACCCUGCCAUUCUAAGGUUCCUGUUGAGCCCUAUGAAGACAGAUGUCAGUUUGAUGCUUGUGGCUGUGACACUGGUGGAGACUGCCACUGUUUGUGUACAGCUUUAGCUGCCUAUGCUCAUGAGUGUAACAUCCAUGGGGUGUACAUUAAGUGGCGUACACCAGACUUCUGUCCUAUGCAGUGUAAUGAGGAUUGUGAGCACUAUGAGCCGUGUAUCCCAACCUGCCCUCUGGAGACCUGCGACACAUUGCUUGACCCCAACUCUCCACUGUGUACACAAGAUGCUUGUGUUGAAGGAUGUGCCAAGGAUAUUUGUCCUCCAGGCCAAUUGUACAAGAGUUCCACUGACAUGGAGUGUGUUCCAAAGGCCGAUUGUGAGAAAAAGUGCAUGGAGAUAGAUGGAGAAGUAUAUAUGGAAGGCGACAUUAUUUCCCAAGAUGACUGCCACACUUGUUCUUGUUCGCGCAAAAAGAAAAUUUGCCGUGGAACUCCGUGUCCCACUCCCACCGCCUUUACCAGCACCACCACCCGCACCACUACCCGGGUUACCACACCACACAAUGCAACAGCCGAGGAGGUGGAGGUCGGUGAGUGCAGGGAUGGAUGGACAGAUUGGUUCAGUGAGGACAAGCCCAUCAUCUUCAGACAGAACUCAGACACUGAGAGGGUGCCUGAGAAGAUAAAUAAUCGCAAGACUAAAAAAGGAGUCUGUGUACGUAGCCAAAUGUCUAACAUCAAAUGCAGGAGCGUAGGAACCCACCGACCCCACACAGAACAGCAAAAUGUGAAGUGCUCACUGGAAGAGGGACUGAUGUGCCAGGGCCGGGAUGAUGCAACAGGGGCUAAUGCUUGCUGGGACUAUGAAGUUUCUCUCCUCUGUGACUGCAGUCGUACAACAACCGUUGAGUCUGUUAUCUCUACCACCCCAAUAACACCUGUUACACCACAGGUGAUUGUGACACCUUCCAUCCCACCUGAGGUGCCCUCUGUUUCCAUGACCUGUGAUGACGAGGGCUGGAGUGAAUGGUACAACAAACACUACCCUGAUCGUGAUGGCGAAUUUGAAUCAUUAUCAGAGAUCCGUAAGAUUUACUCACUGUGUCCAGACCACUACAUUUCUGAGGUGGAGUGUCGACCUGUGCAAGGAGGAGAAGUGGAGUCUAUUGUUACCUGUAACAAAAACGGUGUCAGCUGUAGGAAUAACGCUGGUCAGCAGUACUGCCGAGACUAUGAGGUGCGAGUGUUUUGCCAGUGUGAGUGCCAGGAUGGUCUGGGCAUGGAAGACUUGGGUAUCACCAAUGAUCAGAUUACUGCCUCAUCUCUCAUGACUCCAGAUGACAAGCCUUAUGCUGCUCGCCUCAACUCCGACUGGGCUUGGACCUCAAGACCUGUGGAUGAAUUUGAUGAAAAUGCAGCACAAGCUGAGUGGCUGCAGGUGGACCUGAAGGAGGUGAAGGAGGUGACAGGGGUGGUGACACAGGGACAUCCGUACUUUCAACAGUUUGUUGAGGUCUUUGCUGUUCAGGUGUCAGAGACUGGAGCAGCUUGGGCAGAUGUAAAGGAUGAAGAUGCUCCAUUUGCAAAGCAAUUCACUGGCAACAGCGACAGCUCUACGCCUGUGACAAACUUAUUUCCAGAACCUGUUUUUGCUAGAUAUGUCAGGAUCAUCCCUAUAAGCUUCUACUCUGCCAUCUCUCUCAGGCUGGAGCUCAAGGGCUGUAAUGUCAAAGAUGUGACACCAACCUCAGUUUCAACAUCUGAGACCUUCACUGAGUCUGUAUGUGUUAACGGCUGGACACCAUGGAUGAACACCCAUACACCCAGCCCUGGCAACUGGGAUGACAUGGAUGACCUUCGCUCCCUGGCAGAAAAGUACACCUUCUGUGCUCCUCAUCAAAUAAUGGACACACAGUGUCAAGUGGUUGGUGUGGGACUGACCCCAGAGGCUUCAGGCCAGGUGGGCAUCACCUGCAACACCAAUACUGGCCUUCAGUGUAAUGAUGACCUGCAGGCUCCUCAGCAUUGCUUUGACUUUGAGAUCCGGUUCUACUGCGACUGUUCAAUUAGUACAACGCCAGCAGUCAUCACUAUGACCACUGAGGCUACAACAACCACCCUAGCUCCCGAGCCUUGCUGGCACUCUAGCCCUCAGUACAAAAAACAUGAAGAUGAUUGCCGCAAAUUCUAUCAGUGCUCUGUGUCUUUCACUGGGAUGAAAUACGUGGUGAAGGAGUGUGGUCCAGGCACGUUCUUUCACCCCGACACUCUCACUUGUGAUUUUGAGUACAAUGUCUUACUUGUGAGACCAGAAUGUAGAGACGAACUAACACCACCCCCCAAAAUUGUGUUAAGUACAGUAACCACAUUGCAAACAGACCCGUGCACUGAUGACACUUGGACUGAAUGGUUCAAUGUGUCACAUCCUGAGACAGAUAAUGGGGACUUUGAAACUUUUGAGAAGAUCCGUGAGAUGGGUUUCAACAUUUGUGAUGAUAUGUACAUCAUGGACAUAGAGUGUAAAUACAACAAGGAGGAGAGAACAAACUCGGGCGGCAAAGGAGGCUCCAAGGGUGGUGGCCGCAAGGGUCGCAAAGGAGGUCGCAGAGGCCAGACCUUAGACAGACUUACACAUGUGUCCACUGACUACACUUUGGGUAAUGACGUGAAUGUCCAGUGUUCCACACAAUCUGGCUUGAUAUGUCAGAACAACCAGCAACCUGCACGUGGUAAUAUAUGCGAAGAUUAUGCCAUCAGAGUUCUCUGUUCUUGUGAAGCAAGAAAGGUAACUGUCAGCAGCCAGCCUUCCACCACACCCUACGUUGAUGUGAGGGGGUCUACCAUCCUCACCACACCUCAUGUUAUAGAUGAAAGGUGUCCUCCGGGUCAGAGGUACGAGCCCAGAGCACUACGUUGUGACAGAGUCUGUUUCUACUACAGAUAUUACUUGCAACAAAAUGGCGAAUGUCUGCAUGACAGUCAGUACGCCCCAGCCUGUGUAAAUGUUUCCUCUGAUGACGCCUGCCCCGGCAACCAGUACUUGAGGGACAAGACGACCUGCGUCGCCGUACAGGAUUGUAACUGUCGCCUCCCCAAUGGCAUGGCAGCACCGCCUGGGAGAGCCUUCCUGGUGACUGACUGUCAGAUGUGUCAGUGUGUCAACAACUUCCUGACGUGUGACUCCACCUCGUGCAUCACCACAACACCCAUUACAGUACAGGUUUCUGGAAAGCCAACAUUUGAGUGUAAUGCAUGGAGCUCUUGGUUGAGUGAGUCUUCUCCCAGCUUGGGCAGUGAGAAGGAACUUCUGUCUGACCUGCGCAACAAACACACGAAGUUAUGCUCUAGGCCACGGCGAGUGGAGUGUCGGGUGAAGGGAAGCCACGAACUACCAGAAGAGGCAGGGCAAGUGGUGACGUGCCACCGUAAGAAAGGCCUCGAGUGUCUCGCCUCAGAAAAUGCUCAAGGUUGUAAGGACUAUGAAGUGCGUUUCUUCUGUGAAUGUGGUGACUACACUGACAAAGAUGAAGUGGAAUUCACUGAAAGUACAACAUUAACCUCGACUACCUACCAAGAUGUAUCUAUUACCAACGUCACUACAGUAGUACCACUCCUGAACGAUGAGUGUCCACCUUCCAUGACAUAUGAACAGUGUGCAAUGCCUUGUGACAGGGUAUGCUUGUACCAUAAUUCAGUCCUCCGCCAAAAUGGGAUGUGCAAGUCUGAGGAUAACUGUGCCCCUGGGUGUGUUGAGAGGUUCAAGACCAACACCUGUCCACCUGGAUUUUUCAUGAUUAAUGAAGCUAAAUGUGUAUCUCUGGCAGACUGCAACUGUCGUCUUCCUAACGGACUAGCUUUGCCGGCUGGAGUUUGGUACAACGUAUCACAAUGUGAGAGGUGUAUGUGCCAAAACAAUAAUCUGAUGUGCAGACGUGUGGAUAAUUGUGAAGAAACAUCGACUGAACCCACCGUUGUGACACUUGGUAUUCCAACCAUGAAAAUCACACCAAAACUACCAACUACUGUUGAUCCUUUUACGCGAUUCCCAAGCCUUUUUCAGUGUAAUAAUUGGUCACCUUAUUACAAAAAAGAAGAAAAGGAUAGUGAAGGUUUAAUACUGAGUCUGGACAUGCUGCGAACCUACAAAGGCUUUGUAUGUGAAAACCCUGUUAAUGCAUCCUGCAGGGAAGUUACUACCAAGCUUCCUGCUGUUGAUCUCGGGCAAACUUUAACCUGUGAUGCUGUAGAAGGUCUCAAGUGCCUCAAUCUUGAUAAUACCAAAGAUUGUCAUAAUUAUGAAAUCUCAUUCUUCUGUGAGUGUGAGGAAACGACUCCUAUAUCAACUACUGAUAUCGCAAUGGGAACAACCACCACCUUGGCACCAUGUGAUGCCUGGUCUCCUUGGAUCAAUGACAUUAGGCCUUGGCAAGCUGAUGGUGACACAGAGUUCAAGACCCUACAACAGUUACAAGAGGACCACCAGUUCUGUCUGGAGGGUCAGCUGGCAUAUAUUGAGUGUGUGGAGACAGCGACUGGUUUGAAUUCAGCAGCAGAUAAAGGCAUAAGCUGUGAUGUUCGAUAUGGUUUCCGAUGCAGCAAUGUAGACCAAGACCGUGGAAGCUGUCUAGACUACAAAAUCAGAUACUACUGUUCAUGUGAGACAACUACUACAGUGACAACCACAGUUAUCCCUGACUUCUUCACUCCACCGUCUGUUUGUGAUCCUGACAAAUACAUCAACCUGCUUGAUGAGGUAGAGGACAGCUCUUUCUCCUCCACUCCUGCUCGUAACUCUAUGUAUGGACCUUCUAGUGCACGACUCUACUAUAAUGAUGGCAAUCUUACAAUGAGGAGCUGGGCAUCGAGGGAUAAUGACAGAGAUCAAUUCGUCCAAGUGGACCUUGGCUCAGUGGUGCCUGUGUAUGGCGUGGAGGUGGCUGGCAACCCCCUCACCAGGGAGAGAGUCACGGCCUUCACUGUUCAAGUCUCCCGAGACAACGUCAUCUGGAGUGUGCUGCCACGUGACCCCGGGAACCCAGCUGGGCCUGUCAAGGUUUUCAGUGGCCCCUCCAGCCCAGUAGUUCCCAUGAAACAGAUGUUUAAGGAACCAGUAGAGACAAGAUAUAUAAGGCUGAAGCCUGUUGACUGGUAUCGAGCCAUUGCACUGAGGUUUGAAGUCAUUGGUUGUGAAUUGCCCACAGUCCCUGCAAUAAUUUCAACUACCGAAGAGCCAAUGUGUGAGGAGCAGAUGGGGCUGGAGAAUGGCGAGUUGUCAGACCUUCAGAUUGUGGUCUCUUCAGUUCUCAAUGACCAAGACUACUUUUAUGGGAAGUCAAAUAUUCGCCUUAACACAGAGGACAUUCCAUACACAUCUGCAGGGGCUUGGGUACCAGAACCUAAGUCUGGCCAGUUUGUUAGGUUUGAUUUUGUGGAACCAAGUAAGUUAUCAGGAGUGAUAACACAGGGACGAAGUAGUUCUGAUGAGUGGGUCCGGUCCUUUACUGUCCGUUACUCUCAUGAUGGGCAGACCUGGAACACAAUACAGAACUCAGAUGGCACAGAUAAGGUGUUCCCAGGUAACUACGACAGAAAUACACCAGUUGAAACCAAGUUUGACCGACUCAUCCAAGCGCGUUUCCUAGAGAUCAGACCUGAGACAUGGAAGUCCAGUAUUGCCAUGAGAGUUGAAGUGCUCGGCUGUUUCCACCCAUACCCGGAUGUGACCACUACACCACUACCCAGAGUAACUUCAACUGAGCCUCCACCAGCUUACUGCACACCUUGCCCGGGUCUUCUACCCCAGUAUUAUGACAGCUGCCUUCCAUGUUCUUAUGGCCAGGUCUUUGAUGGUCAGUCCUGCGUGGCACAGUUCUUAUGUCCUUGCUACAAAGAUGGUCAACGAUAUGAUAUUGGGUCCGUGUUUGAGACAAGUGAGUGUGAAGAAUGUGAGUGUGUACUGGGAGAAGGUGCUCUGUGCACCGAGAAGAAGUGUCCACCCUGUGAAAACGAUCAACGAGUUGUUGUAACUCCCCUGUGUGCCUGUGUGUGCAAGCCGUGCCCCAAAGGAACCAAACUUUGUCCAUCCAGCAACUACUGCCUAAAUGAGUCUUCUUGGUGCAAUGGUAUUGAGGAAUGUCCAGACGAUGAACUAAACUGCCCAACAACCACUCCAGAAAUUCCUGAGGUUUGCCCUACACCAUACUGUCCUGAUCACUGGGUGAAGAAAGUACGAUCAACAAAUGGUUUGUGUCCUGCCAUCACUUGUGAACCACCAACAACUAUGCCAACUUUGCACUGUCCUAUCCCACUCUGUCCACCACGUUAUGAUAUUGCACUGGCUACAAAGAAGCUGGGUGAUAUGUGCCCCACAUAUGAGUGCAUUCCUCCUAUCACAACAAUGGAGCCUCCUACCUGUCCUCCUCCAAACUGCCCCGAAGGUUAUAUUGUCCAGGAACCAGAGUACUCGUAUGAGUUCUCACAACAGUCCUCGGAUGAUGUCUGUACCCAGUACCAAUGUGUCAUAGCAGCACCUCCUACUGCACCCUGCCCACCUCCCAGCUGCCCUCAAGGAUAUGAUGUCUUCAUUGCUGAUUCCAAAGUACUUUUGGAAUUAUGUCCUACGUACGAGUGUAUACCAAUUGUGACAACCACAAUGUGUCCACCUGUGGAGUGCCCAUCAGACCUGCGCAUCAUGUACAUCCAGGGUACUGAGUCAUCCACUUGCCCACAGUAUACUUGUGUCAAGGUCACCACACCUUUCCCAGUGACUACUCCUCAGCCAGUUGUCUCGAAGUGUCCUCCAAUGGAGCUGCCAAUCUGUGGAAUAGAUGAAGAUUUCUACCAGACUAAUCCCGAAGAUGUCUGUCCACAGUUUGCUUGUAAACCAUUUGGAAGUCCACCACCAGACGUUACCACAGCUCUCCCAAGAGUCAUUACUCCAGAAUGUAAGAUGGAAGGUCGCACCUUCACCUCCUUUGAUGAUUCUAACUAUGAGCUGGAGCCAUGUAACCACAUCCUGGCAGAAGACAAGAUCAAGAAAGACUGGAUUGUUUCUGUGCACAGGAACUGUUCUGAGAGUCAUAAAUGUGAUCGCUACCUCAACAUUACACAAGAGAGUAAGCAACUCAUUCUCCGGCCAGACCUACUUAUUCUUUGGGAUGAGAACACCUACACUGUCACUCAGGCUCAGCGCAUUGGCACCUCCACCAACACCUUUAGUAUCUCUCGAGUGGGUGAUUCCAUCUACUUUAAGUCAAAGAAACACAACUUUGGUGUUGAGUGGAAUGUUGAGAUGAAUGUCAAUAUCAUUCUUGGAGACCACCUAGUAAAUAAAGUUGAUGGCCUAUGUGGCUUUUACACGGGAGAACCAAAAGAUGAUAAAUCGAAACCUGAUGGCAAGUUGGCCACCACCAUCAAGGAAUAUGGUCAGUCGUGGGCCCUUGAUGAUGCCGUGUGUGAGGACAAACCCAGGUGUACAUCAGAGGUCACCAGCAAGGCUUUUGAACUGUGCAACACUGUCCAGUCCAAACCCUUCACUGAGUGCCACAGCACUGUUGACCCAGCACCAUUCAUGAAGGGAUGUGUGGACACCAUGUGUGAAUGUCUAAGUAGUGACACUGAUGAUGAGGAAUGCCGAUGCCAGGCACUUACACGUUAUGUCACCCACUGCCUCGAGAAAAACCCUGAGGCUCCUAUCUCUGACUGGCGUAUUGUUGCCAAGUGCUAUAAGGAAUGUGGGACAGGAGAAAUAUAUCAGGAUUGUUUCCGCGCCAAAUGUGAGAAAAGCUGUGAAAACCUACACGAUGAAACUGCUUGUCCAGACGAGGAUGGCUCUUGUAUCCCCGGCUGCUUCUGUACUCCGGGGUUGGUACGCAAAGGAAACCGCUGUGUCGUCCCCGAACAGUGUCGAAACUGUGUGUGUGAAGGUUAUGGUGAUCCUCACUACAUGACCUUCGAUAGACAUAAUUACACUUUCAAUGGGGAAUGUUCGUACAUUGCUGCGCGAGAUAUGAAUGCUCGAGGUCAACACAAGUUCCAGGUGAUCACCCGCAACAAGCAGUGCACCCCAGAACCAGUGACUGUUUGUACUGAUGCCGUUACUAUCCUCUAUAACUCUCACACGGUGUUCAUCUCUGCUACUGGAGAAGAUGUUGUUAAAGUGACUGUUGAUGAGGAUGAAGUAGCCAGUUUCCCACACCGAGAACCGUGGCUGGCAGUAGAACAGCCGGACCCCUCACAGGUUAUGGCAGCCAUAGCUGCUAUACAACUGGAAGUGACUUUCUUCCUGGAAAACUUUGGAUUUUCCAUACGUCUACCAUCACACCUGUACUUCAACAAAACAGAGGGACUUUGUGGUAACUGUAACCAUGAUGAUGAAGAUGACCUAAUGACCAGGGAAGGAGCUCUGACUGAGUCUGUUGACAAAUUUGGACGUAGCUGGCUGCUGGAGAAUGAACCUCGUACCUGUGGUGUUUUGGAGAAGGAUGCAACAUUCUGCCUCCCAUUACCUCCUGAUGAGGACCCCUGUCUGGAUAUCAUGAAUGAAGACUUGUUUGGAAAGUGUCAUCCAGUUGAGGAUCCAGCAUCAUAUGUAUCCUCAUGUCAACUUGAUGCCUGUGGCAGCCGUGAGCCGCAGGUAGCUGCAUGUCACAGUCUUGAGGCUUAUGCUAGACGAUGUGCUGACUUAGACAUCUGUUUGGACUGGCGUUCUGAAGAAAUUUGUCCAAAGAACUGCACAGGAGGUCAAGAGUAUCGAGCCUGUGCACCAGCUUGUGUACAUACCUGUGAAAAUUAUGAGGAACUUGAAAAAGAUCCUGAUUCUUGCCCCAUAUCCCCUGUUGAUGGCUGCUUCUGCCCUGAGGGCAUGGUUUUGGAUAAUGGAACUUGCAAAAAUACAAGCUAUUGUAAGAUAUGUGAUGAUAAGGGGCACCGUAUGGGUGAGGUUUGGCAAAUUGAUAAUUGUACCACAUGUGAAUGUACUGACCAAGGUAACACUUGCAGCACCAAGACUUGUCCUGAAGACCCCAUUUGUGAUGAGGGAUAUAUUGUGGUUGAGGUGAAUGGAACUGGAGAUGAUUGUUGUGGUCUAAGGAAGCAAUGCAAAGUUAAGCCUGUUGAAGACUGUCCCACUCCACUUGAGCCAACAGAUAGAUGUGGUUACGGGCAUCGACAGAAGCUCAUCGAGGCACCAGGUGUAUGCCCUCAGUAUGCAUGCGUGUGUUUAGAGCCAGAAAACUGCCCCAAAUUAACCAUUCCUGAUAACAAAGAUCUAAAACCAGGGGAAGUAUGGACACUGGAUGACUCUGGUUGUUGUGCCAGAUACGCCACAAAGUGUAGCGGAACUUGUCCAAAGAUCACCUGCGAUGAAUUCCACAUCCUGGCACAAGAACCAAAGAAGGAGGAUGAGUGUUGUCCUAAGACUAAAUGUGAACUCCCUGCUGAUGCAUGUAUCUACGAACACCAGUAUCUUCCUGAUCUCUUUGGCUACCCGCGACUAGUGCAUGAAUUUGAUACAGAUACGAAGAAUCUGUACAAGGUUAAUGAGACGUGGUCAGAUGGGUCGUGCCUAACUUGUAAGUGUUCAGUAGACAUUGAUGGGCUGCCACACUACCAGUGUACUAAGCAGACCUGCCCAACUCUUGACAGUCAUCCAGACCGGGGAGAGUAUGAGCUGGAGAGUGUGGAGACACCAGGUCAAUGCUGCCCACAGAUAAUUAGAACUGCUUGUAUAGAUGACUAUGAGGCCAUUCAGGUUGGAGAGACGCUUGAUGACCCCUUGAAUGGAUGCCGAAGUGUAGAAUGUGUCAAAACUUCAGAUAAUAAAAUUGAGAAAAUAGAAAAGAUCUCCUCAUGUGAUGAAUCGUGCCCUGCAGGCUGGGAGUAUGAACCAUCACCCCUCUACCCCCAGCACUGCUGUGGAGAGUGUGUACAGGUUGCCUGUGUUGUGGAAAGCCAAGUAAAAGCUGUGGGUGAGACCUGGGCGUCAGAUGACCUGUGCACCACCUAUACCUGUGCCAGAGAUAAACAUGACCAGAUCCAGAUUCAGGCUGUGGAGGUUCAGUGCAACAAGCCAAGCAAGGAAGAACUUGAGCAUUAUGUAUUUGAAGAGAAGAAAGUAGCUGACCAGUGUUGCUCUGUGUUCACCCGUAAGGCUUGCCUCAUGAAUGACACUCCAGUCAAAGCUGGAGAAAGUGUUCAUGAUCCAGAUGAUAACUGUGCCACCAUCAGCUGUGUGGCUGGUGCAGAUGGCAAUGUCACACGUCGUGAGAGAGAGACCACUUGUGACACAAACUGUGAAUUAGGCUCAACCUAUGUUCAACCAUUACCUUUUAGCACUGAUUGUUGUGGUAAGUGCAUCAAGACACACUGUGUUGACGAUGGCACGUCAUACUCCAUCGGUGAACGUUGGGAAAGUGAAGGAGAUGUGUGUUAUGAAUACAGCUGUGAGACCCGUAAUGAUGUCAUGACUACUGUUGCUGUCAAGAAAGAGUGUCCAUACUUUGACCCUGAGUGUCCCGAGGAGGAAAUAUAUAUAGAUGAGUUGCGUUGUUGUAAACUAUGCAAUAUCACAAGACAAGAAAAAAGAGACUGCAAGCCAAAGGCCAUGCCUCUUGAAGAAACUAUUGGUAUCUUCCAAAUAUCUACACGACAUGUGGGAACAUGUAAAAAUCCCGCUCCUGUACCUGACUUCAAGCAGUGCUCUGGACACUGUGACUCCUACACCCUUUUCCAGGGCCAAGGUCGCCAGGCAUCUCAUGUUCCUACAUGUUUCUGCUGUAAACCUUCAAGAUUUGAAAAGAUACGGGUCCAGUUACGGUGUGACUCAGGGGUGACAUUCAGUCCUGCGUAUAACAAUAUUGCGGAGUGUGAGUGCCUCAAGUGUAAUGAUGGUAUGCCUGAGUACAUGGGUGAUGCACCAAUCCUUGAUGAUAUUGAAUUUUUUGCCAUGACAGAUGAACCUCUAAAACAGUAACACAGAGUUGAUUGUGAAAAGCUAACCAAACAUGACUUUAAUUUGUUGAUGACCCAAGCUGGAUGAGGAUAUGCAGUGGUUCUACACACAUUAUUGUAAGCUCUUAGCAGCAGCAGCAGCACCAGCAGCUCAUUUCAUUUAAUAUUGAUUCAUUUCAGGUAGAAGCAUAGUCAUAUUUUCUGAACUCAUCCACCACUUUAUUAUUAAAUAGCAAGUUCAAUAAAGAGUUUAUAAUAAUGUUAAAGGAACUGUACCUGGCUCAAUAGACUUCUGAAGACGACUGACCUCCAUGGACUAUCUCUCACCCUGUAAAUAGCCACAUUUACUCAUAUUAAAUGCAAGCAACAGAAAAUACAAAAAAAGCUUGAGCAAUGAAAAAAGUACAAAAAUAUUUCAACACAAAUUUAGUGUUAUUGUAUCAAUAAAAGGAACAUGACUGA